CAAUUGCCAAACGAACGAAAAAAACGACAGACGUGAUACGGUCUGGCAAAUUUCUUUAAGUUGAUUGUCGUUAGAAGAUUUGUCCAAAAAAAAACGAAGAAAAUCCGUGUAAAAUUGCAAACAAAACCAAGGCCAAGUUACCGAAAGCAAAGAAGAAAAAGCAAAAGCAAAUAUAUCAUUAAAUCCUUGCUCAACUAACAUAAAAUACGUAAGCAAUUAGAAAUUAGUGCCCGUUGUCAUAAUUUACACAAAGCUAACGAAACGACAGAGAGAAAAAACCAACAAACAACAACAAAUUGUGAAACUCCAAUUGUUUGUGCAUGUAUUUGUGUUUUGUAGCUUGAAAAAAGGUAAAUUAUUGAACAGUGGUUAUUUUCUCAAAAAAAAGUGUGAAUUCUAAUUGUUUGAAUGAAAGAAAGCUAAAAAAAUUAAAGGAAAAUAGCGAAUAAGCAGAAAAACGGUAAUUUACAACAAAACCCAACCGCAAACAACAACAAAAAUAAAAAGAAAGAAAACGAAACGAAGUAUACGUAAUUUGGUCAUAUCAUAUUGCAAAAGCAGAGAGAAAAAAGAAGUACAACAAAAACAACAACAGCAUCAACUCUAAUACCAACAACAACAACACUAAGCCACAACAUUAACCCACCAGCACAGUGAGCAAUAAAAAGAACAAGUGACGAAUGGAGGGGACCUUUUAACAGCUUGAACUAAAACGUUUUUCUGUGCUGCUGCUAUUGUUUAUAAAACAUUGUAUGUGUGUCAGUGUGUUUGUUUUGUUGUUGCAAAACAAAAACCAGUGCAAUUUUAAGAAACAAGAAAUAUUUAAAAUAUUUUUGUUAUACGGGGCAUUAAACCACCUAGAAAUUAUUACUCUCUUUAAGGCAUAACUAAAAAUCCCGAAAUUCUACAUCAUCACACCAGUAUCAUCAACAACAACAACAAAACUAAGAUUUCUAUAAGCUGAAGCUGAAAAAAACAAAACAACAGAAAUUCUUCCAAAUCAUCGGCGAUUGAUGACAUUAUCUAUUCCCGCAUCGCGCCCUCAACGUCACAACCUCCCGUACCACCCCUUAUCUUUUGUGUAUACGUUAAACGUAUCUUGAAGUUUUUAAAACUUUCAACCUCCUGGUUUUUUGGAAAUUUUGGAAUUUUUUUUUUUGAAAUCAACGGCAUUACAAAUUCUGUUUGAUUUCAAAGGGACGACGGACGUCAUCAACAACAAUUUUUGGAACUCUUCCCCCACCCCCUACGCUCCCUAAUUAUAGAAAUUCAUUAGUUUUCUCUCACUCUCACAAUUGGUGUACGAGAACAUUUAUGCCCAAACAUCGUUAGAACGCUCCAGAACAUCAUCACACACACGGAUUUGUAUUGUGCCAACCAGGCCGGAGAAAUCUUCAUCUUCCUUAAUUCGCAAGCAAAGGAAAACGCAAUUAAUCGGAACAAGAGGAGAGAGAAAAUUGAAAAAGUUGGAAAAUGAAAUGAGUUUUUAAGAUAAGCAAAAAGAAGUGAGAAACAGAAAAACAGAAAAAUUCUCAGAGUCAGCGGUGGUGGUGGAGGUGGUGCUGGAAUUUCCCCCUUGCAAAAGAAUCUCAAAGCCGUCACAUUGAAGUCUUGCAUUAGUGGUGGUGGUGGCAAUAAAAAAGGAAAAAUGGGCGCCAAUGUUUCACAGCUGGAAAAGGAAAUCGGUUCCGAUCUGUUCCCACCCAAUGAGCACUACUUUGGUCUGGUGAAUUUCGGCAACACCUGCUACAGCAAUUCCGUGCUGCAGGCCCUGUAUUUUUGCAAGCCAUUUCGCGACAAGGUGUUGGAGUACAAGGCCAAAAAUAAGAGACCCAAAGAAACCCUAUUGUCCUGUUUGGCGGAUCUUUUCUACAACAUUGCCACGCAAAAGAAAAAGGUUGGCUCCAUUGCCCCCAAAAAGUUCAUUGCCCGCCUGCGCAAGGAGAAGGAGGAGUUCGACAACUACAUGCAACAGGAUGCCCAUGAAUUUUUGAAUUUUCUCAUCAAUCACAUCAAUGAAAUCAUAUUGGCCGAGCGCAAUGCCAGCAAAAGUGGUGGAGGUGGAGGCAAUGCCACAUCGUCGGCUGGUACGGCAGCGGCAGCCACCAAAUCCUCAUCGACCACAUCGACCUCAACCACGGUCUCCAACUCUUCGACCAAUGGUACUUGCUCAAAUUCAACGGGCUCCAUAAACGGCAUUGGUAUUGGCAUCUCCGAUGCCACCACCCCCACCCAGGGCGGUGGCAGUCCGGCCAACAGCGAGCCCACCUGGGUCCAUGAGAUAUUCCAGGGAACACUCACCUCGGAGACGCGUUGCCUCAACUGUGAAACGGUCAGCAGCAAGGAUGAACAUUUCUUCGAUCUCCAGGUGGAUGUCGAUCAGAAUACCUCAAUCACCCAUUGUCUGCGGUGUUUUAGCAACACCGAAACCCUCUGUUCGGACAAUAAAUUCAAAUGCGACAACUGUUGCAGCUAUCAAGAGGCUCAAAAGCGUAUGCGUGUCAAAAAGUUGCCAAUGAUUUUGGCCCUGCAUCUGAAACGCUUCAAAUACAUGGAACAAUUUAAUCGUCACAUCAAGGUCUCACAUCGUGUGGUCUUUCCCCUGGAACUGAGGCUGUUCAACACCUCGGAUGAUGCUGUGAAUCCGGAUCGCCUUUAUGAUCUUAUGGCUGUGGUCAUCCAUUGCGGUUCGGGACCGAAUCGUGGCCAUUACAUUAGCAUUGUCAAGAGUCAUGGUCUGUGGCUGCUUUUCGAUGAUGAUAUGGUCGAUAAGAUUGAGGCUUCGACCAUUGAAGAUUUUUAUGGCCUCACCUCGGAUAUCCAGAAAUCAUCGGAAACGGGUUAUAUUCUGUUUUAUCAAUCGAGGGAUUGUAAUGUUUAAAAAAGAAUAGGUCAUUAAUUAUUUUAUAAUCGCAAUAAAACAAUGUGUAAUGUCUGCAAAGUGAGCAAAAGCCGUAAGUGACAAAUAUUUAGAGGAGGAGGAAAAUCCAUUUAAAAAUUUCCAUCUUUCAGCAAACAAUCCCAUUACCAAAUAAUAAGUCAGUAUUGCGCUUUUGUUUGCCUCAUUACCAAAUAAUGAGUUUAAAUUGCUUUUCAUUACCAAACAUGGAGUUACUAUGGCAUUUUAGUUUGCCUCAUUACCAAAUGUUGAAUUAAGAUUACACCAUUAAGGAUUUUGACUACUCAAUGUCGGCAAAAAUUGAAGUAGAAGUAAGAAAAUAUUUAGAAGGAGAAAAUUACAUUAAAAAAUGUCCACCUACCCAGCAAACGAUAUCAUCGCUAAAUAAUGAGAAAAAAUUGCAUAUUUGUUUUCCUCAUUACCAGGUAAUGAGUAAAUAUUGACCAUUAAUUUGCCAAAUAAUUAGCGAAUACUACAAUUCAAAGUCAAUUCAAGCUUUCGACAAAACUCGAAUUCGAUUUGGUAGUGGCUUUAUUUAGGAGGAGGAAAAUCCGUUUAAAAAUGUCCACCUACCCAGCGAACAAUCUAAUUACCAAAUAAUGAGCUAAUAUGACCUUAUUAGCAAAUAAUGAGUUGAUUUUGCAUUCUUAUAUGAGCCAUUUCAAAAUAAUACCUUUUUUUAACUAUUCUUCGCGAUUUCGAUUUUGUCGACUAAAAGUCGAUUUAAGAUUUUGACAAUGCAAUUUGGAUAAAAGUCCAUUUCGACUUCAUAAGAUGAAAAUACAUCCAACUACCCAGCAAACAAUUCCAUUACCAAGUAAUGAGUUAAUAUUACAUUAUCGUUUGCCCAGGUUUAGUAUUGAUUUUGUCGACUAUAAAUUGUCCAUUGGUAAAAAUAUAGCUUUUCGACUUUUUCUGUUGCAUAAAUAAAAUAACGAAAAAUCUGAAAUUUAAUUUUGUGUCUAUCUUUGCAUAUUUUUGAGUUGAAGUGAAAACUACUGAAAUGAUAAUCCCGAAAUCGAAAUAUAUCAAAAAGUCCACUUUGCCUCUAGAUUUUGCCUCUAACAUAAAUUAAUCGAUCGAAAGUCGAAUUGAAGAGUCAAUAGAAUGGGGAAAAUGUUUUUUCAACCAUGCCAUCGUUACUCAUUACUUUGUAAGGCAAACAAUAAGUAACUUUAGCGUACAGUUUUUAAGGAAACCCCCAUUAUUGGUAAUGCAAGUCGGUGUCGACUUACCUUGUAAUGGGUUGUUGCGUGGCUCAUGUUGACACAUUUGUUUGCUGGAUCAAGUUCCAACCUCUGUCAAAGUUUUUGAUAGGUUUCAGUUUUUAAGUAGACCCUAUUUAUUUUUUCCUUAUUGAGUGUUGCUUUUUUACAUUACCUCGUAAUGCGAGGUUGUACGGCUCAUGUAGAUACCAAUUUUUGCUGGGUCAAAUUUUAACAUCUACUCAUUAAUCGUAUUUCAACUCUUUGCCACCGUAACUCAUUACUUUGUAAGGAGAAACAUAAGUUCUGUUUAUUUACAGCUUUUAAGGAAAUUUCAUUAUUUUUCAAGUUACUGGUAAUGCAAGAGAGUUCAUCUUCAUGUAGACACCGAUUUCUGUUGUGUACUCUGUAAGGAGAAAAAAAUAAUUAUUUUCGGCAUAACCUAUUAAUUUUCUACUUACUAGUAAUGCAUGGAUAUCUUUUUUACAUUACUUCGUAAUGGGGUACCAAAUUUUAACAAAAUAAUUAAAAAUCUUAAAUUAAAAUAUACGUAUCCUUGCAUAUUUUGUCCGAAAUGUAAAAUAUCUUAAAAGGUUUGUCAACAUUAAAUAAAUCUGCAUAUUUUCACCUUACCUUGCAAUGAGUUGUUAUAUGGCUUGUAUAGAUAUCAUUUUUUACGAGGUCAUAUGCCAACUGUAACUAUUUUCUAUUUAGAUAACUUUUUUCUUGUGAAAUUUUGAAAGAAAAACCCAUUACUUUUCUAAUUACUGGUAGAGCAUGAUUGCCUUUUUGUACAUUACUUGAUAAUAGGACGUCAAUUCAUUACUUGUAAGGAGAAAAAUAUGUUAUUUUCGGUUGCAAUUUUGAAUGGAUAACCCAAACUCUUCUGAUUACUGGUAGUGCAUGAACGCCUUUUUGUACAGUUCUUGGUAAUGGGGUACCAAAUACUGCUGGGUAUCAAUAAAAUAAAAAAGAAUCUCAAACAAGUUUAUCUUUGCUCAUUUUUGUGGCCGGAAUGAAACAUCUCUUUUAUGGCAAAAUUAGAAAAAUUGUGCAAUUUUACACCUUACCUUGUAAUGAGUUUUUAUAUGGCACGUGUGGGUAAUUUUUAUUCAUUGGGUCAUGUUCCAACCGUAACUCUUUGCUAUUUGGGAGAAAAAUAAGUUAUUUUCUUGUGCAAUUUUGAAGGCAUAACCCAUUAUUCUACUACUUACUGGUAAUUAAUGAAUGCCUUUUUGUACAUUACUUGGUAUUGGGAUGUCAACUCUUUAUUUGUAAGGUAAAAAUAAUUUAUUUUUGUUCAAAUUUUGAAUCAAUAACCUAUUAUUUUACUAAUUACUGGUAAAGCAUGAACGAUUUUUAGUACAUUACUUGGUAAUGGGAUGUCAAUUUUUGCCGGAUUAAUUUCCAAAACCAAAAUGUGUUUUUUUGGGUUUUAAAUAAUUUACCCUUACCACUUUUGCUAACGUUGCAGACACUGUGGCGGUUCAAAUAAUCAUGAAUUUUGUAUUUAACAUAUUUGAUCUAAUCCCAAAGCCUACAAUUUAUAAUAUGAGGUGGAAAUCUUGAAAAAAUACUGAAAUAGAAUAAACCUUAAUUUCCUAAAUUGAUUUUAUAUAAUUUGAUUCUUUUCUCGUGACCGUUAUAAAUUCUAGGCAAAAUUUUCUUCAAUGUGUAUGAAUUUAUUUUUCUUUAUUAUUUUCUAAUAAAAAUUCUGUAUUUAUGUCUUGUCAUCAAACUCUUUCUGAAUAUUUUUUAUUUUUUUUUUUUUUUUUUGAAAUUAAAAUAAUACAUAUUAUUUCGAUGGCUUUGAAAGUAAUAACACAAUGACCGUUUGGAAACAAGAACUAAAUGUAUUUAAUUUAUGUAGUAUUAUAAAUACAUGAAUAAUGUUUAGAAUAAUUUAUUCUGCCUCUAAAGUUUAUCCCCGCAGAAUGAUUCAGAACUCGAUUUUCAUGACCAAAAAUGUCCCAUUUUGCUUUGUCAUCACCAAACAUCUGCGGGUUUCAAUAGCCCAAUAUAUUGAAACGAAGCUAAUUAAAAAAAUAUUUAAAAUAUUUUAAGGAGGCGCGCUCCACAUCUUUCCCUUAAAAACAAAACCGAACUUUUUGUAAACCCGUUUCCGAAUAAUUGUGUGUCACAUAUAAAAAAUAUAGAAAUGCAAAAAAAAAAAAAAAAAAAAAAAUAUUUCAAUAAAAUCUAUAAAGAAUUUAAAUCAGCAUUUAGUCGCACAUAAUGCAUCAACUAGCUGUAAAAAUAACGUAUUUAAAAUAAUUGGUAAUAAAUUAUAAAAAAAAACAAAAAUAUUUAC